CAAUAGAUUUCAGAAAUAGGGUUCGAUUAUAAAAUCUCUUUAACUUCCACUAAAACCCUCGUCAUUCCUCCGCCACCCAGCUGAAGAACAACCCUUCGCGCCGCUCUUCAUUUUUCUUCUCUCUAAGGAAAGCUAAAUCCGGGAUCUCAAUUUCAGCUCAAAAAUGUCGGGAGAGGAAGUUGCAGUUGCCCCAACUGAGGUUGCUGCUGCCAUUGGUGAGCCAAUGGACAUCAACGCAGCCUUGCCUCUUGUGAUUAGGAAGUCCAAAGCUCAUGGGGGGCUUGCACGUGGUUUACACGAAGCUGCCAAGGCAAUUGAAAAGCACAAUGCACAUCUUUGUGUUUUAGCUGAUGAUUGUGACCAGCCAGAUUAUGUUAAACUGGUCAAGGCACUCUGUGCCGAUCACAAUGUUAAAGUGCUACGUGCACCUAGUGCAAAAACUCUGGGCGAGUGGGCUGGUUUGUGUAAGAUCGAUUCUGAGGGAAAGGCAAGGAAGGUAGUUGGUUGUUCUUGUGUAGUUGUCAAGGAUUAUGGUGAGCAACACGAGGCUGUCGAAGUUGUUCAGCAGCACAAGGAUUAAGCAAAUCAGAGGAUGGUUGCCUUGGUAGAUGUCUGCUGAGUUUUUUUGUUAUUUAACGAGUUCUUGAUAGUGAACAACAAAAGAUUAUUUUCUUUUGAAGUUGUUGCGAUUCUCUGGAACUGCUUGGUGUUUCUUUAAGUAUGCUACACUUUUUUUCAUUUAAAUUUUACGUGGUUAGUUCAUGGAAAA